GCACCGAAAUUGAGCCAAAACCCAUUUCCAACUGGCAGAAAGUGAAGCUUCUUGUAUGGAAGAACUGGACACUGGAUUGGAAGCGAAAAUGUCCACUUUGCGUUCUUUUUUUUCAGAAAACUUACCUGAGCGACGUUACCCCCCCGUGCCCAUUGACACUCUCCAACUUUACUUGAACUCGGUAAUGGAUGGAAAUCUUAUAAUGCAUGAGAAUGGUACGAUAAAUAGGCCUAUCCAUGUGCUUUGCUACACGCCCAAUACUACCAUAAAUAAGGAUAUCGCUUUAAUGGCAGCCACUCAACUAUCCCUUGCGGGUGUGCGUGCCUACAACAGUCCAGAACAUAUGGAAUACGAUCUAUUGGAGCACAACUAUAUAGCUGGCGUAGAAUUUGAUUCGAAUGACAUGGAUACGAGCAGAAGCGGGAAAUAUCCAACGAUAUUGAGAUACGCAUUGCGAUUUCCCAGCGAGCUCCGAACUGCACAAGGCCCGGUAGUUAUGAAUUGGCAGACGGACAGACUCUUUCCAGAAAAUGACCCAGUCGGGCCGCGUAACGACGACUUCGAUGAUGGGGGAGUGCCCGUUGGUUAUAUAGCAGAGGGAUUUCUACCAAUUCAGCAUGCGCUCACCAUGUCCUGGCUUAAGUUAGCUGCUGGCACAAAGUUUCAAUCUCUACCUAAGAUGCAGCUUAGACGUUUCCCAUACAACCCCUACUUUUUAGAUAGUUUUGCUAUCGUAUCUAGAUGGUAUUUGCCAUUCGCACUAAGCGCUUGUUUUGGUGUCUUUUUGACGAAUUUAGGGACAAGGGUAAGCGCAGAGAAAGAGGCCCAGCUCAAGGAAAUCAUGAAGAUUCUUGGUCUUCAAAAUUGGAUCCAUUGGGUUUCUUGGUUUAUAAUUACCUACAUGUGGUUAAUGGUAGUCACACUUUAUGUUUUGUUUAUGCUGUUUGUUCCUUAUUCCAAUAUUGCUAUUCUUCCUUAUAGCAGUAUUUUACCAGUAUUUCUCUUUUUCAAUUUUUAUUUCGUGGCCAGCUUCUGUUUUUUCUGCAUGAUGGCUGUGUUUUUUAAUAGGGCCACGACUGCAACUGCCGUCAUAGAAAUCGUAAGCAUCCUAACAUUCGUACCUUAUUUUGCCAUUCAAUUUUUUUAUGAAAAGGUAGACCUAGUGAGCAAGCUCGUUUUAUGCAUGCUGUUUCCUAAUACGGGGCUUGGAGUUGGGAUGUUAGUCAUUUUUACAUGGGAAAAUUCUGGCGAGGGCCUUCAAUGGGGAAACUUUUUUCGAUCUGUCUCGAUAGACGAUUCUCUAGCACUUUUUCAUGUUUGUGCUAUGUUAACAAUAGGAUCUGUUAUAUUCAUGUUAGUCUGUCUAUAUGUGGAGCAAGUAUAUCCAGGAAACUACGGUGUAGCUCGGAAAUGGAACUAUCCAUUCCAACGCAAAAUCUGGCAGUCACUUGUGGGCUUCGCUUUUACCUCCUCUGGUGAAAGCGGAUCAAGCAGCGAUAUAUCUGGCGAAGAAAAACGCUGCGCCUGUCGACCCAGGACCUCAACUAAAGAGGAUGCUCUUCAGCCGGGUAUACAUAUCCGAAAUCUCAGAAAGCGCUAUGGCGAUGCAGUUGCUGUAAAAGACCUUUCCUUGAAUAUGUCUCGAAAUGAAAUUACUGUCUUGCUGGGCCACAACGGUGCUGGAAAGACAACAACCAUACAGAUGCUUACCGGCACUGUCGCGCCAACGUCAGGAACAGCCAUUAUCAAUGGAUGCGACAUCCGAACCCAGCUUAGAUGUGUCCGGAGCUCGCUUGGGAUUUGCCCGCAGCAAAAUGUUCUCUUUAACGAAAUGAGCGUUCGCAAUCAUCUCGUUUUCUUCAGCAGAGUAAAGGGCUUAAAAGGAUAUGAGCUAAAUAAUGAAGUGGACAAAUAUUUGAAAAUAAUGGGGCUGGAGGAAAAGAAAAAUGUUGUCGCUUCCAAGUUAUCAGGAGGCAUGAAGCGCAAGCUUUCCGUCUGCUGCGCUCUUUGCGGAAACACAAAAACCGUGCUUUGUGACGAGCCUAGUUCGGGUCUGGACGUAUCUGCCCGUCGCCAUCUAUGGGAUCUACUGCGAUCCCAAAAACCAGGCCGCACCAUUUUAUUAACCACACACUACAUGGAUGAAGCGGACGCACUAGCGGACCACAUCGCCAUUAUGAGCAAUGGCCAGCUACAGUGCCACGGCACGUCUUUUAGUCUUAAAAGGCAAUACGGCUUCGGCUACCGAUUAGUCUGCAUAAAGCAACCGGAUUGCGAUGUUGAACAGGUAACAGCAUUCCUGGCCAAGCAUAUACCUGACAUAAGACCGGAAAGUGAACUGGGAAGGGAGUUGCUAUACCGUCUUCCCCUUCAACAUGUUUCAGUGUUCUCAGAUAUCCUUAGGGAUCUGGAGAAAAAAUCAAAGAAGUUGCAUUUGGAGGGCUAUGGUGUAAGUGUGGCCACAUUGGAGGAUGUUCUACAGCAGGUUGGGGGAGACAACAAAAGAGAAGUCGGUGGCCAGGGCAUCAACACGAAUCAGAAACGCCUUCCAUCUGGUGCGGAGGAUGUCUCGGUCUUCGCGUCCGAUGUUUAUGAGUCGAGCUCGCGUACCCGCUGCUUUAUGCGUUGGAGAGCGAUGUUUAUGAAGAAGGCUUUGACAACCCAGCGUAGUUACUGGCUACUGAUUCUUCAGCUGGCACUACCAAUUCUUUUUAUGGGGUCGAUUUUAGUAUUUAUAUCGAAAUCCGCACCAACUGCGCUUCCCCCCAUGCAAGUUUCAUUGAAGAAUUAUCCGAGUGCCUACGUGGUUCUGGAAGAUAAGUCCGGAGAGACAACGAAGCCGAUCUCAGUAUCUUAUGCUAACUUUAUUAGUUAUCAAGGUGGAGGGGUUAAGUUGCUGAGCACCAGUGGCGCAGACUUCGAGGAGUAUAUACUGGAGGUGUCGAAAGAAAAGCGCUCCCUUGUUGAUAAAGAGUACGUGGCCGGUGCGACCAUUUCGGAAAGUAGUCUAACCGUCUGGUUGAACAACAAACCAUUUCAUACGGCCCCCCUAACACUUAACAUACUUCACAAUGCUCUGGCCCGUCACCUGUUGGAUUCGAAGGCUGAAAUAGAUGUAACUCAUGCUCCUCUGCCAUAUAGUAAGCACACACUUGCCAAGCGAUUAGAAUCGCGCAAUCAGUUGGGAUUCCAAAUGUGCUUUAGCCUUUGUAUAUGCAUGGUCUUCGUUACUGCGUUCUUUGUAAUUCCGGUGAUAACGGAGCGUGAAACAAGAUCGAAGCUUUUGCAAUUUAUGUCCGGAGUAGACGUUGUUUUAUACUGGAUAUCGCAUCUAUUAUGGGAUUAUGCAAUAUUAGUACUGACUGCUAUUCUAGGAUUAAUAACUGUUGCUGUUUUCCAGUUGCCGGGAUACUCUACUCUUGGGGAUAUAAGCCGGUACCUAACUGUGUUUCUCAUUUUUGGGCUUUCAGCAAUUCCUUUCAUAUAUUUUAUAUCCAUAUGCCCUUCUGACCCGGCUGCGGGAUUUUCAACCACCAUAACUGUGUGUUUUAUUUUGGGACCAAUUCCGUAUAUGCUUAUUUAUAAUUUUCUUAGGAACCCAAACACGAUUGAGUUGUAGCAAUCCUACUUUGGCAAGAUUAUCGCAUGAAGAUCUUUGCAAAUUCGUACCCGCUUGCUGUAAUAUUCCGGGA